AUGGAGGAAGAGAUACAUAGACUCCCCAACUCGCUUCCUACCGCCGGAGGCAGCCGUUGCGGGCGAGCAAGCGACGGCGGCAGCCGGAGCGAGGGAGCCCGCGGCGCCGUGACGGGUCGCUCCUUCGACCUACGCGCCGCCGCCGGCCGACCGUCUGCACGCCUCCCCGCCGACGGGCUCGCCUCCUCUUGUCCCGGACCCCUUGUCCCGGACGAUUCCCGCAACCCGAUCCCACGAUCCCGAGCGCGCCGCCGCGUGCCGCCGUCCCCAGCCCACCCGCAGCGCGCCGCCCACGCAGGCGCGCGUCGCUAUUCCCAUCCCUAUCUCCGCGCAACACCACCCCCAGCCAGACCCGACCCAAUCACGUCGCCAUGGUGCGGUGUCUACAUCUCCCGACGACGGAGCAGCACCUCCCCGACGGCGCGCCUACCACCGCCGACGAGGAACUCUGCCCCAAGCCUCGUCCCCUCUCCUCACGUCCGGAUGGGCAAGAUCCAGCCGGCGUUGAAGCCUAUCCCACCGGCGCAGCUCCCCAUCGCCAUUGCGCUGCUCCUUCCCCGCGUGUCUCCAGUUCCCCUUGCUGCUCGGAUUGGUGUGCCGCGGUGCCGCCACUCAGUAAUGCUUGAGCACAGCACCAGCAGUCGUCGCGGUCACUUCAUCCCUGAACUGCCACGCGCCGCCUGCGGCCUCGCUUCUUCCCCUGUCUUCUGCCUGGGCGAACCCCUUUUUCUCCUCCCAGGCACAGCUGCAACGUCCUUCUCAGUCCAAAUUGAGCAUUGGUUGUCGUACAAGUUGAAUCCCGGCUACAGUCUUCGCCAAAGAAGCCAUCAUCCCUGUUCUGAACUACCAACAGCCUCUGCUAAUGUGCGCAAAAUUCAAGUUCAAUAAAACAAAAAAUGGAAGGUCAGAUAUGGCACCAAGAUAAGUUAGAAAAAAUGGUUUCAACAUAAUGCAAUUUGGAGGAAUGACAGCGCCCAGGCAAUUCACAGCCGCCACCCUAGUCUGUUCACCACCGCCAACCGAGGCCGUUCAACGACGCGCCGGGCAAAGCGGCAGGAGGGCGAGGAUCUCUUCAUCUCGGCAGUACAACUGCACCCUCCGGCGUCGUUCACGAGAAGAGCUACGUGCAGGCCACCCGUGCUCCACCCUGGAUUUCUUCAAUAAUCAGGCCGUCGUCGUCAGGGUUCCUGCCCCACGGCAGUCGUACUGGCUCAUGUGCCACUGUCGUCGGUCCUUUUUCGGUUGGAGAUAGGUAGCGCCCCCAGGGAGCCCCUUCUUCAAUGGUUCAUUGGUCUGUCAAGUAUGAAGGUGAGCUUCAUAAUAGAGUAGCUAGACCUAUCCGCCUUCCAUUUUACAAAUUUUGCUGGGAGCUAGAAGUAACUAUAUGUAGAAAGUUGGCAUCUCUGUUUACAUAAACAUGCAUAACACGUGUGAUGCUACAUAAU